GGAAGUGCUGGGAAACAUUACAGACGGGCAGGACAGCGAAGAAGAAACAAUGGUGAUGUAGGGACACCGCAAACAAAAAAAAAUGCUGUUUCAUUUCAGGUUUCUUCACAUUUCAGGGGCUUUUUAUACAUUUCAGAAGAGCCGUGUGUUUCCUAUAACGACUUAAGUUCAGCCCGUGCUAAAACGCUCACAAGCAUCAGCAGUGUUGAGUCCAGGAAAUGGGAAACACAGAGUAAAUGACCGUACUGCAGUGACUGCACAACCGCUGCUUUUGUACCCAAGCUAUCGUGUUUACUGCUCAUUGUUUCCGCUAUUGUAACGUCAGUCCCGGAUACGUCGUUUGUGCUUCACGGCUCUGUUUAUGAUGGCGUGGCAUUAGCUGCUGUUUCUCAGUCAUGCGUGGAAAACACGGAUGCUUCUCUCCCGAUCUCAAAGCCACAUCGAGGAACCGGAGGAGGAUCAACAGCCAAAAAUAGUCUCUAGAGCCACUGACAGCCAGCUGACGUCUCUUCGCUUAUUCCGCCGACGAACAGCAUGGAAGAUGAGUUGUUUGACCAGAUCCUCACCGUGUUUAACAACCUGGUGGCGUGGGUCGCUGCCGGUGCCAUGGUGUUCGGUGGGGUGGUGCCCUACAUCCCCCAGUACAGAGACAUCCGGCGGACCCAGAAUGCAGAGGGCUUCUCCACCUACGUGUGCCUGGUGCUGCUGGUGGCAAACAUCCUGAGGAUACUCUUCAGAUUUGGACGCUACUUUGAGACGCUGCUGCUGUGGCAGAGCAUCAUCAUGAUCUGCACAAUGCUCAUCAUGCUGAACCUGUGCACCAACGUCCGCAUGGCCACUGAACUCAGCACGAAGAGGCGCUCCUUCUUAGCCACAGACAUUAAGGACGAGGAGGUCAGAAUCCCUAAGAGGCUCUUUCUGGAUUUUGACUGGAACUACUUCUGGUCAUGGAGUCAUUUUGUGGACUAUGUGCAGUGCGUGCUGGCCUUCACUCUGGUGGCAGCGUACAUCACCUACCUCCUCCUGGACUCGGUUUUGUUCGUGGAGACUUUGGGAUUCCUGGCAGUCUUCACCGAAGCAAUGCUGGGUACACCGCAGCUCUACUGCAACUAUCAGAACAAAUCCACAGAAGGCAUGAGCAUCAAGAUGGUUCUGAUGUGGACCAGUGGUGACACCUUUAAAACGGGGUACUUCCUCCUCACCCAGGCUCCGGUGCAGUUCUGGAUUUGCGGCCUGCUGCAGGUCUUCGUGGACAUCACCAUCCUCUUCCAGGUUUACUACUACAGCCGCUACCCGCAGAAACCAGUGUCACACACAGUUUCUCACACCACCAGUGCCAAAGCCCUCUGAGAACAUCGGCAUAAUCUCUGAGGACACUGCAAAGCAGCAGCGAGGAAGGCCUUAUCGAGGCACUGUGGAAAUGUAUAAACACACACACGCACCAAAGCAUCUUGAGAUGAUGCAGGCUGCUGCUCCCCCUCACCUCCUAGUAUAAAUGAAGACUCCAACGCACUCAUAAAUAAGGCAAAGAUACACAGACCCCAGGUGGUGGCAAUGUCUCCAGUGAUACCCGAAGGACACUUGUUACACACAACGUCAGCCUGUUUUAUUUAUUGUCCUCUUGACUUAUCAAAGCGGCCCAAUGCAUGCUAAUAGGAAUGCAAACGUCUCUGAGAAUACACCUUGAAUCAUCCUGUGCAUGUGGAGAAUAAUAUGCACACACAGCACAUGAACAUCCAGCGUAUGCAAACUGCAGAUGCACGCACUGAAAUCAGAGCUCAAGGAAAAGUGGACCAGCUUGUGUCGUCCUCAAGAUGAAUGUUGCUUGGAACUUCUGCCUUAAAGCACCCACAUUUUCAACAUGGAUUGCUGCAUUGCCAGUAAUGUGUUACAAAUCAAUCAAAACAAAAAAAAGAAAUGUUAAUAUACAGCAUUGCUGAAUGUAUAUUUGUUGUUGUUUUUUCCCAGCACAGUGGAGAAAUGCCAGUCAGUCUCCUGCUUGUUGGACACCAUAUGCUGUCAUACUCAAUCUUGCACGACAAAAAUACAGAAAAGCAAAGUCAAUCUAACGUCACCAAAUGAAGAAAACUCCUCACGUUUGGUCAUGGAUGUGAGUGGCCUUGAGACUAGCAAAAAGAUGAGCGACUUAGCCUUUGUAAGCAAAUGCCAAGACUUUUAUACUAAAGCCCUUGACGACAUUUUAUAUAUAUUUUCAUCAUUUCCAAAACAUCCUAAAUAAAUGCUCAAAGAUGUGUUAACAUCAUUAAACUUAUCCUGCGAGCCUACAACUGCACUUCAUAAAGGUAAAGGAAUAAUUUAAGCUGCCAGCAUGAUGCAGCCAAUUUUCUAUGUCUGGGACUAGCAGCUGAAUCAUAGCUCGAGGCGCUAGUUUAGCUUCACGUUCAGUCUGAACUCAUCUUUAUGAUGACGACCGCAUUUAAAGUCGCAUCAUGGGCUUAAUUUAGUGAUGUUUGCGGCUUCUGUUUCAUUUUGAAUAUCAUCCUACAUUCAUGCUAUAACUGCAGGAUAACAAGAAGCUGUUUUUCUGCCCUGAAUUGGAUCAUGUUUUAUUCUAAGGCCUCGUGACAGCUUUGCAUUCACCACAAUAGACUAGAUUUUCUAUUUUUAUUGUAUUGCAAGCGAGUCUCGCCAACUGACAGCCAGAAGCUGAGCGCGCUAAAGCUUUUUCAAAUUAUAUGUAAUCACGUUUUUACAUUUGCUUGCAGCUUGAUGCCAAUAUUUCACUGAGACUUGUUUGACAAAAAACAAACAAGAACACUCAGAAAGCGCAGCUCCCUCCAAAGAGCAAGGGCUAAAAUGUUUUUAUUACAAUAUGCUGACGUCAGCCUGUUACGGCAUCGUUGUGAGGUGUUAUAGUGAAGGAAAUAUGUGCGUUAUACAGCUUUCUCCAUGCCUUUUUAUGUGAUAAAGUAUGAUAUGAUUUCAACAAACUGGAAUCUGCAGCGGGCGCAUCCUGUUACAGCACCACGUUCAAAUUAAUCGAGCUCUUUAGACCGAUCCAUUCUUCUACAAACAUGUGUAAAAGCACACGGCGUGGAUAGGUGUUUGAUUUAUACACCUGUGGUAAUGGCACUGAACACACCCAAAUUCAAACGUUACUUUUGUCCAUAUCUUCUAUCUUGUUGUGGCAUUGAGAUCCAUCGAGCUGCGCUAGACUGUGAUUGUAUAAAAAAGACAAACUUUGUUGAGUUUGAUGAUGACCACUAUCAGGAGGCUGCUGCUAGAAAUGCUCUGCUGCUGCUUGUUUCCUUCCUGAAAUCAGAAUCAUGGAUGCCCUAAAGUGGCUCGUGAUGCUGUGCCAUUCCUAAUUGUACAAUCAUAAUCCAUAACAUAACUAAAAACUGAGCUACAUCAAUCCCACAUAGCAAAAUUGGUAUGGCCCAGAUCUGGUCCACACAAUGUGCUUACACAUGGCCAACAUACCGCAAAGAAUGACGGCCCUUUGGUGGCGCAGAUCUGGUUUGCCAGAGGUGGCCCACACACGGGCCAGCAGAAGGCCAGUUGCAGACGCACUGGUGGUCCUGUGCUGGCCCAUGCGUGGAUUACCUCUGGCAAACCAGAUCUGGGCCACCAAAUGGCCGUCAUUCUUUGCGGUAUGUUGGCCAUGUGUAAGUUGUGUGCAGCCACAGGCCAGUUGCAGACACACUGCUGGCCCUGUGCUGGCACAGAUGUCAGCCUAAUGUGUACCUUAAUCAAGCCAUGUAAUAACAACAUGUCCUGGAACAUGAUAGCCGAAAAGAAAUAUGACAAAACUCUGUUCAUACAGUGAAUGGACUAAUUCUGAUAUAGAGCUUUUCUACUCUCCGGGAUUACUCAUAGUGCUCUAUACAACAUGACACAUUCACCCAACUACACACUUUUUCUAAACUGAGUGCUUCUUAACUACAGCCACACACAUUCUCACUCUUGACAUGCAGACUGGAGGAACCAGGGAUCAAACCACUAACCUUCUGAUCAGAAGGUGACCUGCUCUACCUGCUGAGCUACAGCCACCCACUGGCAAAGAUUAGUAAACCGUCACUAGGUAUUGGAUAAAGUGUACACUCACAAACCUGUCAAACCUGCAUUUGAAACGUUGGCUACCAUAGCAGUAUAGUAUUGGAACAUAGCAUUUGGAUCUUCUAACUAAAAUAAGAAAAUAAAUUGCACCAUCAUUGCCAGACCUGGCCCACAUCUGGUUGACAUACACUCUGCCAUGACACCAGUUAGUCAGAAGUGCCAGCUUGAUGCCGGAUCCAGGGAAGACGUGUUUUCUAUGAGCCUGGGCCACAUACACCAAACCACAAUCGGGCCAGAUGUGGCAUGCCAUCACAUAAAUAGUGCCAUCUACACCAGGCCUGGCCCAUAUCUGAAUGACAUACCACUUACCAUGCCAGAAGUCAGCCAGCAGUGACACCAGAUCUGGGCCAGACCUGUCUGCUAUGUGGGAUGAUUUUAAGCCAUUCUGAAAUAAACCAACAAUAACAUAGAGCCCCAUUCAUUCUAAAUUAUUUCACAAGUAGUCCCUAUGAAACCAGAGCUCCCAUGAAUGGGAGUUCUCAGUGUUAUUAGAAUUUUUUUCUUUUUUAAAUGUUUGGGAUUGACCAGUAAAGUGUAAGUGCACAAACAUCAUUUCGCUCCUUACAGCAAUAAUAACGUUAAAUGCAUUUUAUGAAAAGGCUUUUAUGCAGCACCAAGUCAAUAUGUUCUGUGAGCGGUAUUGUUCACAGAAAUGAUGUCCAAAGCCCAAGCUGUAAUAAACUGGAAUUAUGCCUUAAAGAGAUGAACUUCACAGACUCACAGUUCAGAAUUUGCUCAGCUAAGAUUGUACCUCUUUCUCAUAUUGGCUGCAGAGAGCACUGACUGGCCAGUUUAUCAUUUAUGACAAAUCCAAUAACAUCCUUUAAUAUUCCC